AUGAAAGAGAGAUAGAGAGAGACGUAGAGAGAGAGAGAGAUAGAGAAAGAGAGAGAUGGGUGAGGAGGUUGAUCAUGAUCAAGCACUACUAGUACCAGUUCUUGAAUUUUCGAAGGAGUGUUUGGUCCCAAAGCAAGAGAGGAGUGAGGAAUGGGGAGCUAUGAGCACCAAAGUGAGAGAGGCAUGUGAGAGUCAUGGCUGCUUUCUGCUGUUGGUGCAGGAAGAGGUGAUGCCGAUGCGCUUACGUGAAGACAUGGUGAUGGCCAUGAAAGCUUUGUUUGAUCUCCCUGAAGAGACCAAGCAGAAGCACACAAGCCCCAGGGCUUACCAGAGCUACCAAGGCAAGUGCCCCAUCAUUCCCUUGAACGAAAGCUUCGGGAUCGACAAUGCAUGCCAGCCUGAUGCAGCCGAGUCCUUCACCAACCUCAUGUGGCUUCAAGGGAACUCUUCUUUUUGUUAUUCUCUGUUCUUAUAUGACAGUGAGACAAUGAAAUCCAUGAGCUCAAAGAUGAUGGAGUUGAACUUCACCGUCCUCGAAAUGGUUUUGGAGAGUUUAGGCGUGGGAAAGCACUACACCUCGCACGUAGAGAACACCACCGCCGUGAUGCGUUUCAUGAAGUACAAAAUCCCUCCGAUCAGCAACGACGUCAGGGACACAUCCGUUGGUUUGGUGCCUCACACAGACAAGAGUAGCUUAACAAUUCUAUGCCAGAACGAAGUGCAGGGUCUGGAGAUCCUCACCAAACAAGGCCAAUGGGUUCAAGUCCCGGUCCCCGAAAGAGCCGUCGUGGUCUUCGUUGGGGAUGCACUCAAGGCUUGGAGCAACGGGAGGCUUCAUGCAGUGACUCACAGGGUGAUGAUGAGUAAAGACAUUAAGGAAGAAAGGUACUCUUUUGCGAUGUUUGGGUUGCCGAAGGAGGAGUUCAUGAUCGAAGUGCCGGAUGAGCUUAUCGACGAUGAGCAUCCUCUGCUGUACCGGCCGUUCAACUUUGCCGAGUACUACAACUAUUUUACGGCCAAUGUUCGUGACGAUGCACUGGAAGUCUAUGCUGGAGUUUGAAGAUACCGUUUAAUAUAUAUUCAUCAGUGUUUAAUUUGCGUGUUUUUAAUUAUAAAUAAUUUGCUAUAAUAGUACUAUAGUUUCAUUCCAAGAAAAACACAGAAUGUUUGCCUAACUACAGAUCGAGUGGUGAGCAGACAGAUUUCAUUGACUCUUUCAUUGGCU